AUGGGUGUAGAAUAUGGGACGGGUCAUAAGUCAGGUGAUCCGUUGGACCAGAAAGAUGUCGCGUCUAUGUCGCAGAAAAAAGACGAGGAUCCGGCGGCUGUUCCUGAAGAUCAACCUGAUCAACCCGAUCAACCUGACACAUCGGAUCUGGAUCUCGCUUGUGAGUCGGAUCAGGAUUACGACGAAUGCGUGAAUUACCACGAAGGCCGUGUUCUCUACGCCGAAGAUGUCGACGGACAACUCGCGGUACUGCCCGAAUUCUCAGUAACGACGGGAGAUGUGAUGAUCGAAGACAUCCAAUUGGAAAUGUGCCCCGCGGCAGCCCGAGGGGUUGUGUGUGAUAUUGAUGUGGGAGAAGCCCGACCGACCGCGCUUGAGUGCCGUAAGCUGCGGAUCCAGUUCCGAGAAAAGUUGGCAGAACUGAUCAAGGGUCUUCUGUCGGCGAAGAUGAUCAACCACUCAAGAUCGCCAUGGCCAUCACCGAUCGUCGUGAUCAUCAAGAAAAAUGCUGAUGGUUUACCCGAUGCCGCUGAUCAACGAUCUACUGGAGGAUCUGGAAUCUACACUAUGGUAUUGCUCACUGGAUAUGGCGAGUGGUUUUUGAGUGGUGAAGAUGACGGAUCGGGCUCGCCAGAUCUCGGCCUUUAUCACCCCAUUUGGACUUUUCGAGUGGAAUCGGUGCCUUUUGGGCUGAAGAAUGCGCCGCAUAUCUACCAGCAGAUGAUCGACAACGCCUUAUAUGGGUUCACCCGGAUCCCAAAAUUGGCCGGUGGUCUGGAGCGCCUGGAUGUAUUCGAGGCUGGAGAACCUGAAGAUCCGGCAAACCAUCGGUGUUAG